AUGACACACAUUGCCAAUUGCAUGCGUUCCGACACCGACAAGUCGACCAUUUAUAUAAGUCUGGAAACUUCCUCCAGGAUCAUGGUAAGCCGCCCAGCUCGACCCCUCGACCCGAUGAAUCACCACCCACCCCGACGCUCGUGCUCACUCAAGGACCUCCAGCCUUCCAGAGAUUCAAACUCGCCCGGUGCUGCUCCCUCAGCCCUCACUCAACCACCCACUACUUCAAAAUAUCAACUUUGGCCUUCAGCAAAGAGCCCAGUCGGACUAUCAAAGCCAAGCCACUCUUCCGACAAGCUCGCUGCUCUCGCAGUUGGCCGUUCUUCUACUUCUCUCAGCGACACUGCCGUCUUACCCGAAAGCAGCCUACCUUUCUGGCAACGUACUGGCUCUCUGUCAAGAAGAAGGAAAGUCAGUGUCCCCGAACUUGGAAACACCAUGACGACAGUUCAAGAGAUGUCAAUCGAUUCUCCCACUAUUCCGGGAAGACCCCCUCUACGCAAGCAAUCAUAUGAGGCUUUUGGCCAUGAACGGUCGACCAGUGCUCCAGGCUCAAACUGGAGGACUGGUCCUUUUGGUGAUGCUAUGAUGGUUUGUGUUACUGGCCCUUCUGCCAACUCAUCGUAUGCAAACAACGGUCCUCCCUCAUCAGAAAUGAUCAGUGGAACCGGAAGGCCGCUGUCCCCGAUCCUCAGUCCUGGUGCAACGCCUAGACCGUUACUGAAGCUUGAAACUGAAAACAUCGAGGAAGAACCUGAACUACCACCCCAAGUACCUCCAAAGUCACCUGCCAUUGAGCGCAAAGCAUCGCCCGCUCCACUCGUUCUCCACUCAAGAGCAAUGAAGCCACAGUUCACCACUCCCGCAUCGACCACUCCCUUCAAUACAUCGGACCUGCGACGAUCACCAAAUGGCAGUGUUCCUCUUCCUACACCACCCUCAGCCUUUACCAACCCCUUCUAUGCCACAUCACCAGCCUCCACCCGAAACUCGCCGCGAACGGAAAGGAAGGACCCCAUGGCUACACAAUCGUCAUCUCACAACCGGAACAUGUCGGAGUCGUCCAUCAUGGAAAGAGGCCGACCCAAGCGACGCAACAGUAAGAGGGAGCGAAGCCGGACUGUGUCCGAAGCCGACGGACCCGAACCUACUCCGGAUCCAUGGAAGCUGCCUCAAGGUAUGCGAGUGCCUGAAGCUUCAAGACGCAUGAGCGACGGCGACAAGAAGCUAUUGCACAAGCAAGCAUAUGAUCAGGCCGGCAACUUCGAAGUUCUCAACAAGCGGGACGUAGCAUCAUUGUCAAGAGAACUCAGAGCACUUGACGAACGCUGCGACUACCUCCGGAAGACCUACAAGUCUCUGCGCGCGGGCCGCCAGAAGCUUCAUGGCCGUAUGAUCGCCUACCUGAGGCGUGGAGAGACGGUCAUCUUCUCCCGUGAAUCACUCCUCAAACAGGAAGAAGCUCUUGCCGAACUGGACAUUUCCAUUGAUGAAUUUAUCCUCAAACUAGAGCAGGCCGAGAAUCGCCGCUUACGCCUCCGGCAAAAAUUGCUCGAGCACGUUGCCGCUGCCAUUGUACUAGACCCUAGCAGUCGCGACCACGUUGCCGAGACCACGCCUCCGCGGAGUCCUGUCAAGCUCGACAGCCCUGCCCGUACUGAACGUAAAGAGACAGAGUCUAUCAAGAUCUACGCCGAUGGCCACGUGUUGAACCUCUUCUCUGACAUUGAGAGAGCCAUCGGUAAGAUGUGCGAGCAGACGUGCUAG